GCGGGCCGCGGGAUCUGCUGGUUGCUUCUUGCUCGAGAGGUCGGAAGAAGCCUCGAUCCGUCCUCCUGCGGCCGGACCCAGUCCCUCCCUCCCUCCUCGCUCGGUGCCUCAUCGUCGGUUUCAAAUACUCUCGACGUCCCUCGUCACCAUCGGUCCGCGGCCGGUCAGACAGACAGUCAGUCGAUCGAUCAAUCCAUCAGGUCCUCUCUCUCUCUCUCUCUCUCUCCCUCGAUCGAAUUCGGUAGUGCAGAAAUUUGAGAGGCAUUUGCUCUCUCUCACGGUCUCGAUCUCGAUCGCGAUCCGUCGAUUCGAGGGGCGAUCGAGCGAGGCGGGAGAGCGGGCAGGAUGGGGGCGAAGAAUGGCUUAAUCUACUGCUUCGUGGCUCGAGGAACGGGGCCGGGAGUGGUGGUGCUGGCGGACUACUCGCCGUUCGAGGGCAAUUUCAACAAGAUCGCCCUCGAGUGCGCGCAGAAGCUGGCGGCGAACAACCACAGCAUCACGUACACAUGCGAUCGGCACACCUUCAAUUUCCUGGUCGAGGACGGGAUCACGUACCUGGUGGUGGCGGAGGAGAGCUUCCCGCGGAAGAUCCCGUUCGCGUUCCUGGCCCGAGUAAAGGAUGAUUUCCGGAAGAAGUUCGGUGGGGAGGCGGGCGCGGACAUGGCGGUGGCGCACAGCUUGGACAAGCGGUUCCGGCCGAUCAUGAAGGAGCACAUGACCUUCUGCCUGCAGCACCCCGAGGAGCUCGACAAGGUGUCCAAGAUCCAAAAGCAAGUGGACGAUGUGAAGGGUGUCAUGAUGCUCAACAUCGACAAGAUCAUCGAGCGCCACGAGCGCCUCGAGGUCAUCGAGGACAAGGCCGGAAAUCUGGCCAACGAGGCGCAGCAGUUCCAGAAGAAGACCAACACGCUCAAGAACAACCUCUGGUGGCAAAACAUGAAGGUCAAGCUCUUCGUGCUUCUGCUCAUCGUGGUAGUCAUCCUCGUCAUCUGGCUCUCCAUCUGCCACGGCUUCUCGUGCAGCAGCGGCGGCGGUGGUGGUGGCAACAAUCCCCCCGCCAACACGGGCUCGGGCACUGCUCCUCCCGGCGGUCGGCGCCUCCUGUGAGCCUCUCUUGCUGCUCCGCGAUCGUUUCCCUCGAUCGAUCGGUUGUACAUACUCUCGAACACGUAUUACAAAAAUGCUUGAGACAGGCGGGCGAGUAGGCACGAGCGAAGCGGACGAUGGAACUCUCCACACACACACACUACUUCCGGAUCGACAGAUCCGACGCCUGGGGUGCUCACCGCGGAAUAAAAGCUGUGGAAUUCCAUCUGCCUGACAUUGCGAGCACGGGGUCGAGCUGAGGUUCUUCGCUCGAGAUGAAUCGCUCCGUCUGGCACUCGCUCCCCAAUUUCAAGCAGCAGCAGCAGCAGCAGCAGCACUGAUCACCAGAUGCUUCUUGAGAAUCAUCGACUUUGGAAUUGAUUCCCGGAUCGAGAUAAGGUGGGAUCAGGAAGCUGUAGAAAAAAUUCGAUGAUCAGGAAAGAAUCAGGAGGAGCUUGAGCGAAGUACGCAGUUCUGAUUUCCGGCCCGGAAUGUGCUGAUCAAGUAUGGGAUUGGGAAUGGGACUCGGGUGGUGGCAUGACGACGAGCCUCUAGAAAGGACGUCGGUGACGACACUUCGAGGUCCUUCCCGUUCGCAACCGACUCGAUCCGCCGAUCGCAGCUCGUCUAGAGGCGAAGCCAUGAAUGUUUGUCCGUUCAUGCAAAAACAACAACAAGAUUUGUAAGUAUCGAAAAUGCGAGGAUAGACUACCAUUUUAAACAAUUCAUUAAAGCCAAGGGGAGGGGAGGGGAGCGGGGAAGAUUUAGCGACGAGGUUUCGAACGCGACGUGCCUUCGAUUCUUCUUCUUCCUCGAUCUGUCUGUCCAUCUCGACGGGUGUCUGUCCCCUUGAUUUUCGUUUGUAGAUCAUCAUAAAUUAGCGUUUAGUAGAAUCCGAGGCUCACCUCGAGCAACGAACAAGCUUUUGUGCACUGUAUUUGUAACAGCUCUCCGAGAAAAUUACAAGUCGACAGAGACUAAGAUGGGAAUGAAUUCAUCGUAGAUCAGUCAGUCAGUCAGUCAGUGAUGGAAAUUGCUUAUUUGGUCUUUUACACAGUCACGAACAUUCAGAUUCCAAUCCGGAAGGAAAGGAUGCUUCCAUAAAUACCGUGUCACAGACCAAGCGUCGAUGGUACCUGAACGAUAUCAUUCAACUCAAAGCGAAUCAGAGCCUCAAAUAUUAUAGAAUCCAUCGCAGGAGCUGCUUAUGAGGGAUCGAGUCCUUCAUGUAUGCAGAAUAAUAUCACUUCGUAGGUCUCUUCACGAGUCUCAGCUCGUAGCGCAGCCUUGCUUCAGAAUACUGGAGCUUCAAGGUCUUGUGCUUCCCGACGGCUCGAAAACACAGUGCCUGCUGAUGUAGAUGACUGCGAGCAACAAAGUGAUAAUAUCGAACGAUGAUUGUGGUAGAGCAAACUCUGCCAGGAAAUAGCCGAAUUCGCAACUUAUGUCUACGAAAGUCAUUCGAAAAAAUGUGAACAAGGAAAAACAUGGAUGAUCUUCAGUUCCACUAAUUCAAUUAAUUAAACGAGAAAUGACUUAGAUUCAAUGUCAGGACUUUUGACAGAAUUGAUCUGUUUCAGAUGAAACCACGGGACACUAAUAACCUUCACGUUACAUUCUCUUUUCUUUUAGUGUUUUCUUAAAAAUGAAUUAUGUCUAGAUACAAGGUUAGGAGUUCUAACAUAAUUGAUUUGUUUCAGAUGAAACCACGGG